AUGAGUUCGUCUUUUGAAGCCUCGGAAAAUGUGUUUCUCAAAAUGCCACAUUUUUUCAAACCACUUCAAGCGGUUUUGCUAGAAUUUCUGGUUUUUGUUUAUCAAUAUUUUUUUAGUUGAAUGCUGUGAUUUUGGCGAUUUGCGUUGGAUCAACAGCGAGCUCUGACAAUGGACUCUUGUGGUUCGCCAUCCUUGUUUCGCUCUUGGUCAGACUAUUUUUCAAUAAGAAAAUUUCGAUAAAGGAAUUCAAUUCUAAUGUUCAUAACUAGAUAUAUGCUUCUUUUACCAAUUUUAUUCAGAUAUCCGCUGCAGCGACCGUGAUUUUCGCCACAGGAUUUCAGGACCAGCUGAUGGACAGCCUUUCGAACGGCGCCGUCUCUUGGAACAUUGUUGUAAGCUUCUGUUUUCCUAUUUUUUUCCUCAUUCAAAUUUUUCCAAUCCAGGAGCUCAUUUAUUCUUUUGUGCUGUCGAUUCUGUCGGUGAUUUGUGUCUGGCUUUCGUUCAGCUUCGCCAAUCGAUCUCUCUACGGAACCUCCGCAGGAUAUAUUGCUUCUGGGGUUUGUUAUUCAUUGGAGAUCUUUUUCUCUGAUUUCUCAGUACUUAGAUGUGAAAAAUGAGGAUGAGUUCAGGUUUUUUCUCAGGAAAAAGCUGCUGGAAUAUCAUUAAAAAGAAAUAAUUUUAUUAUUUUUUUCCUCCAUUCAAAUGUUUUUCAGCUGUUUUUCAUAGUGCAAACGGCGCUGUACGCGUCGCCGUGUGUUUCCAUCUACCGAGACGUCAAAAACGGCAACGAACUUCCUCGGCAGCAAGUCUACGUCGAGCCGGCCAACCCUUUCCGCAACGCUCCUUACCAAGAUUUCUAA